CUUCGUCGCGCGCGGUUCACUUUGGGUUUCGGUCCGCGUUCGCUUGAGUUUUUUUCGAAUUCAAAAACUUUUCGCCGGCACAACGAUUUGUGUUGUUCUCGUUUAUGGAUAUGUGGGUGUGCGUGUGUGUUUGCAAAUAAGAGCAUGUGUGCGUUCUGCCCAUAAUUUUGCGCGUUUUGUGCGUUGACAGCUGCAGAAAGCAAAAAGCAAACAAAAAGAAAAGAAAAAAAGAGAGUGCAGAAAAGUGCAAAGCAAAGGCCGACAGCAAAACAAACACAAAAACAAACAAAGCAGAAGCCAAAAGAAACAACAACACACCUGCUGCCCGUGGUUUUUGUUUGUGUCGGUGUUUUGGUCCACAAAAAGGAAAUAGAUAAAAAAAAGAGAAUGGCAAGAAGAUGGAAAAUGUGGCAACAGGAUAGCGAAUCGUGAUUUUCCGGCGAAAUAGAGGAGUCUUCAAGAAGGAGCAGAAUAAGAAGAAGCAGCAGCAGCAGCAGCAGCAGCAGCAGCAGUUGCGGCAGAAGAAGAAGACUCUAUGAAAAGAAAAAUAGAAAAUAAACUUCAAUGAGAUUCGUCAACGUGAAGGCAAAGUGAAUGAAAAUAUUUUGGUGCAUUGAAAGUGUUUUUCUUGUGCGUUGGGAAAUGCUGCAAGCUGAGGAUUAUUGAUGCCGUCGAAUUAGGAAUUACGAAUUACGAAUUACGGAUUGCACAAUCCGUCCGAAUAUAAGAUAUAUAUAUAAAUCUCCGGCGAAACAGUUGCAGCUGGCUACUUUGGCUAAUUGAUUUUCAUUUCGGUUUCUGUUUUUCCCAUUUGUUUGUUAGCUGGUUUUUUGUUGUUUGUUUGUUUGUUCGCCUCUUGCAAUGAGGCGUCCGAAAGCUGCCAAUCACAACAACUACAACUCCAAUAACAACUCGCCAAAUGAACAAAAACAAGCUAAAAAACAACAACAAGUACAAGUACAUGAAGUGAAGCUGCGCGACAAUUGCGUUUGCGCUUUUUUGCUGUUUUUUUAAUUAAUUUUAAGUGUCGCCGCCGUAUUCUGUUGCCCUUUUUUUUCUGUUAACUCGUCGGGGAGUGCGAGGAAGAUAGCGUCGUUGGAGCGUCGAAGCGUUUGGGGCACGUGAACCUUCCGGAAAUCGGCAAUUUAAUUUACAAUACAACAUUAGUACGGACAUAAAAGCGGAUAAAGGCGAGCAGCCCAAGGAGAACCCAAAAUGUUCGCGGGAAUAAGGAAGCGCCUGGCACGCAAGCAAAAUGAAAAAGAUUGCGAUGAGGAUGACAAGGAGGAUGUGCUGGACAUUAUGCCGCCGCCACCGAACUAUAUACAGAUCUCCCAGGGCAGGAUACAGUUGGUGCAUCAGCCAAGGACACCCGUGGAAUCAGAGGCAGGAACUCUCUCCCUAGAGCGGCAUGGUGGAGGAGGCUCCAUCUCCGGCUCCGGCGGCUGUGAUAAGGAUGUGUUGUUGGAGAAGCGGAUGAUUGAAGUUGAAGGCGCUCUGCUGCGUUUGCAGGAGCAGUUCCAGAAAAGCCAAUGCGGGUCGCCAACGUUCGAGAAGGAAUUGCGCGAACAAAUUGAGAACAUGAAUCGCAUUAUGAAAUCCAAAGAACGCAAGCAAAUGCAGACAUGUCGGGAUCACAAGGCACUGCAGACACGCUUUGCCCGCCAGGAGAGCCUGCUCCAGUCGGUUCAGCAGGAGAAUCGAUCUUUGCUCACCCGAAUCCGUCAGUAUGAGCACUGCUUGGACGAUGUGAUGCGCAAGGUGGUGGAUGCCAUCGUGGCUGAAGAUAAUCUCCGAGAGGAAGUGAGCAUGCUGAAGGGCAGGGUUCGAGAUCUAGAGGCCCAGAAUGCAGCUCUGUCCGCCAGUCCAGUGAAGGGCAGGGAUGAGGGAUACUGUACUAUGAGCAGUGGUCAGCCGCAGCCGUCGAAUGGACAUUUGGAGGAUCUGCCAGAGGAACCAGAGCAAUGGCUUCUACCCGCAGAGCCAUGCUCUACGGAAAUGGAGGACUGGAGCAUGUCGCAGGAGGAACUGGCGGUGAUGACCUUCGACGAUGAACGGGAUCAGCAUCAUCACAAUCUCCAGCAUUCUCAGCAGCAGCAGCAGCGGAGGAAAAGGGAUCAUGACUGGCUGUGGCCAUCAAGUGACUUUAUCAACUCCACCACCGUGGAAACGGAUUCAGUUACCGAUGGCAUUGCCCAGCUGCUGCAGCAGAAGAUUGUUUACUCCGAGGACGAGGAGGUGGCCUGCACGGACUUCACAAACGACUUCUAUAAGCUGGUCAACAUACGUUCAAACUCCUCGCGCAGCCUUUACUCCUAUUUGGAGGGUGAGACGGAUGACGAGGAUGAGGACGACGAUGACGCCGAAGAUUCCAGUAUGUCGGAAAGCCAAGUAGGUCCUGCGGGGCGAAUAAAUGGAGGUAGUCCCACGCCCAGCGAGGCGGGAAGGGCUCAGUUGACCAGCUGCUCCUCCAGCGAAACGGAUGAGCUAUCCGCCAGUCAAGCGAAAAAGGACGAGGAACCCGAUUACGCGGUAAUCGAUGAGUGCAGGCGAAGAGUUAGCGAUAUUGAAAUCGAGGAUGUACCCAUGAUAGUGAGCAGUACGCCAAUGAAACCAUUGGAUGAACAGCAGUGCAUUGCUCAGAUCAUUAAGAGCGAAUUACGACGACCUCCUCAUGUCCUGGUGAAGUCCAAGUCGGUGCUGGAGGAGCAGGAACCAAGUUGCAUCCUGCGGCACAAUCAGCGCCGGGAACUGGAGUCCACUGUGGUGCGAAGCGAUAGCAUCAGCUGUGCUAUGGUGACGAAGUUGGUCAAAGAGGUGGUGCCACCGGCGCCCGGGAUGGUGACCAAGUUAAAGGAGAGGAUGCUGCUAAGGCAGGCCUCCACGCCACCGACUGCCAGUUCCUGGCGCAGGAGCAAUGGCUGGAAGAGGGUCACCUCGCCGGUUCAUCAACCAGCGGCUGUUUCGCCAAAGAAGAAGGAAGCCAAGUCAACGGAGCCGCCAAAGAGUUGCCUGCCCAAGGCGCAGCCCACCAGAAUUCCAACGAGCAUCCAUUCAUCGGUGUCCUCGUCCUCUUCGAUGUCGUCGUCUGGGUCGCCGUCGCCCUCCUCUCCUUCGCCACAGUCACCGCAGCAAAGGUCUCCCGGUCAACAGGGCCAGCAGCAGCAGCAGAAGAAAAAAUCGAAAAUUCCUCCACCAGUUCCCGUGCGACGAUCCUACGCCAGUUAGGAUACAACACAGCUAAAUCUCAAAUCAAUAAUCGUCAAGCUAACAAAUAUUUAAAGAUUUAAAAAGACUAAAUUGUGAUAUAUUCAAACAAAACAAAACAAAACAGAACAGAAGAUAAAGAUACAGAAGCAUUAAGAUGAUGAUAACGAUAAUGAUAACGACAGAGGAGGAGCAAUCGAGUUUUGUACGAAUACGAAUACGAGUAUUUAUGUAUAUUGUAAAUUUUUGGAAGAUGUUUUACCUUGUAAGCGGCACUGCCAAAUGUUCCCCCUAAAACAAAAAAAAAGAAAAACCAAACCGAAAAGCUCGCCCAGCUCUAUACCAUAUAUAUAUUUUGUAGAGCUGCGGUUGCAGCUACCAAAUUAGUAGGUUAUACUAACUAUAAUGGGACAAUUUGAUUGACUUCAAACUGAAUUCAAAUUACUAUUAGCUAUGGUCAUGAGUAGAUGAACUAAAACUGUAGUCUUCCGCACAAGUCGAGUGUAUUUGUAGGACAUCAUGGUUAACCACAUAAACUAAACCGAGUUAGUAGCUCCUCACACCACAACAGCAGUUGAACAUUUGCAUUUAAGGGUGAAAUAUUUCAAAGUGUUUACAAUGCAGUAUAGAAGGCAUAUAUAUAGGUACGAUAUAUACAUAUAUAUAUAUAUAGUUAUAUAUAUACGGUUUCUAAGCGAACAUUAAACGACAACCAUAACAAUAAACUGUAAAUAACAGUCGUUCAGGCUAAUGACAAAGCUCUUCUUCAACCGUAGUUAGCUCCUCAGUGGCUGCUGCCACCGACUAAUUCAUCGCAGCAGCCCGAUUCCUAAGCAUUAAUACCUACACUAUAUAGAACAGAACGCACUAUGAUCGAGGAGGGAACAUAGAUGUAAGCUCGUAUAAACAUUAUAAAUGUAUUUUCUUAGCGUAGCAAGUACAAAAAAUAAACAAAAAGAAGUUACAGAAAAAUAAAUUAUUGACCUAA